AUUGUUCAGGAGUCGAAUCGCCCGAGUCCAAUGGCGCCCGCUCGCGAGUUGGGAUAGAGGAAGAAGGCUUCACGAGUUUGCGUCUCAUCGAGGAAGAAGAAGAGCGGAUGACGACGAGGAGGUGGUGGUGGUGGUGACGAGGAGGUGGUGGUGGUGACGAGGUGGUGGUGGUGGAGGAGACGCGGCGCCAUGGCCAAGGACCUCCCGCCCGGCAACCCGGAGCUGAUCGCCGCCAUCGUUGACCACCUCAAGUCUCAGGGCCUCUUCGACCAAUUCCGCAGAGACUGCCUGGCGGACUUCGACACCAGGCCUGCUUACCAGAACCUCCGCGAGAGAAUGGAUUCGUUCGUGUCCAAUCACUUGGGUCACCAGAAUUGGACUCCGGAGAUCAACAAAAAUCAAAUGAGAAACGGACUCCGACAGACAAUCCUGCAGUCGGGCAUGUUGGAGUCUGCCGUGAACCGCAUCGUCCAUCAAGUGGUCAACCCAAAGAUCAGCACGUUCUUUCGGCCGCAGAUCGAAAACGUGGUGCACGAGUAUCUUGGCGUGAACGAGGAGGGGGAGGUUGUGGCGGCAGGAGCGGCGGCAGGAGCGGCUCCCCCGCCUCCUCCGCUCCCUCCUAUGGACACCGACUCCCAGGAUCCGCACGCUCCACCGGCGAUGGAAGCCGAGGCGGCGGCAGCAGCAGCAGACACUGACGUGGCCACAACGGAGGAGGCUGUAUAUCCGCAGUAGUGCAGGCGAAGCUUCGCAACUUUUUUCUGCCUGUCAAGAGCUUGUUUUCAUCGCAAGUGUUCGGUUGUCUUUGAGAGACGUCAUUAUGAACGAAGCAUCUCAUGUUGUCGUGCUUUUUUCAGAGAUAGUCUAUAUUUGGUUUUAUUCGGUUGUGUUUUUUUUCCCUCUGUAAACAUUUACAAAGUCACGUUUAAGAACCAAUAUUUUUAAGCGUGUUUGGAUUUUUUUUUACUGUGGCGAUGUUUUAUAAUUGUCAUAUUGAAAAAAUGUGUCCGUGGCUCUCAUCAACCAGUCCACGAAAUGGGCAAAACUAAUUUAAUGAUGUUUAAUGUAAAUUAGAUUGUAUGUAGUGUCUGAUCAGCUGGCUUAUAGUUAAUGUGUACUUAGUUGAGCUGUUAGGAUCUCAAACCCCAAAUUAUAUUUUUUCAGUGAAAAAGUUCAGUUGCCUAUCUUCCCACCCAAAUUCUUCCCAGUAAUGAACCCAGUAAACUGUCAAACUAAAAUCGUAUGUUCACGCUGUGUACUUUGAAUCCAUCUCACAACACAAAACCCAAAUAUGUCCUCUAGCCUCAGGGGCUUUCAGACUGGUUUAAAAUAAUGUAUUUAGAAGGCAAAAGAGUCACAUGUCUGGGUCUCAUAAGCAGUCAGGCUCAUGAAACGCUGCCAGAUUAUCGGAUGUUAUUGGCAGGAGUACUGCAUGUUUGGCACAAAUCUAAUUAAAUACCUUGUAUUGUUAAGCAUUAUGGGUAAAUAAACAAGUCGACUUCCAUCUGUUCACACUGUUAUUUUACAACAGUCUGGUCCAAGGCUAAUAUUAUCCAGCGCCAUUUGUUUAAGAAAGCAAAUUUGUCGAGUUUAGAUUGUCUGGGCCUCAUCAGGGUUUGUAAAUGCUUCUGGAUUGGAAGAUGUCUCGCUGUGGCAAAGCUGGUCCAGUGUUCUGUUUAAGACUGCUGGAAAGCAGACCACGUGGGUGAAACUGCUGUAGCACGAAAAUAAUUUCU